AUGACACAACCUAUAAGCAAAACAGGAAAGGCAUUACAUAUAAAGGAACUCCGAAAGACAAGUAAUACUUCCUUAGAGAUUAUGGCACAUGAGAAGUUCGUUAUACCUGAGAACUUCACGUUGGCACAGUCUUUGCAAUUGCUUUAUUCCGUCGUCAGGAGUCAAUACAAAAAUUUAGCAACCCAAAUUGACAAUGGUGAAGGUAAUAAGGAACCAGUCAUCUAUGGAAAAAUUCACAAAAAUCUAGAUGCUCUACUGGUAUACGUCAAUGAGGGCCUACGGAAAAUUGAAAGGACAUAUGUUCUAAAGAAAGGACUAGGAAACCUUGUGGUUGAUCAUCCUGAAUUGAAGAGCGUUAUUGAAGAUUUCCAAAUACUUGGCCAAGACAUCAGGAUUUCACGUCGUCAAACAGAAAAACUCAUGACCGAGGGGAACAAUAGUUCUUCUCUCUCAUCAUCCUCGUCUGUUUUGGGUCUUAAGACAGGAAACAGUCUACGUUUUCCAAAACUUUGGAAAAUGGGUUCCAAGAAGGAUAAGCUAAAAGAAGUUGACGAAAAGGAGGCAAGAAUCAAUAAACAGGCAGAUAAUAUCAGACGUGCAAGAAAGUUGGAAGAAGAAGAAAAAUUAGAAGCGAAUCGUCAGUAUGAGAAGGAAUUAGAACUCCAAAGGGAAAAAUUGAUUGAGUUAAAAGUUAAGGAAAAAGUCGAAUAUGAAGUGGCACAAAAACUAGAGGAGGAGAGAGUCAAAAGAGAUGAACAACGCAAGCAUAGGGAGCAAGCGGAAAAGAAACGUAUAUCAACCUUAAAACAUGAUAGGAAAACAAAUUACAAAUCAAGAGCUAGCCUUGAUAAUCCCUCUUUAAAGUCGAAAUAUGUCGGAAAGAUUGAUAACGCCGUAAGCAAAAGAAGGUCGCUUGAUGUUUCACGAAUAGCCAACGAAAAAACGUGCACUCCAGUACGAAAAUCAAUGGAAGCAACAGAUAUAGGAAUGGCUGCACAAUUAGCCUGGUCUCAGUAUCAAAGUGGGGCAAAUCAAACAAAAAUGAGUAAUAAUGGCUUACCUACUAAUGAACCCUCAAUACGGUAUAAAUCAACUCAACCUUUAAAAAAAAGAUAUGAUUACAAAAAGCCAAUGGUCAAUCGACCGAUCAUAAAAUCACCCACUUUCAAUAGGCAAAACAGUAAACCUUCAAGGAGUUCGUCUACAAAUGCGCACUUAAAAUCGAAUAAAGCCAACGGCAAUAAAGCUACCGGGAAGAAUGAACCAAAUUCGGUGCCUACUUCACCAAUACUUGUUUCGGAGACUGCAACAUUUACCGAACCGAGGCCAAGACGUUCCAAAAGUGCUACACCUGAUAGGGAAAGCUCUGGAAGUUUAUCCAUGGAUCCCAAAAAAGAAGACAUAUUAAAGUCCGUUCAAGGAGUAGAUCGAAGCGCCUGCGAACAGAUCCUUAAUGAAAUCUUGGUAACAGAUGAAAAAGUAUAUUGGGAUGAUAUUGCGGGGUUAAGAAACGCUAAGAACUCUUUGAAAGAGGCCGUGGUUUAUCCAUUUUUACGACCAGAUUUAUUCAAAGGUCUCAGAGAACCUAUCAGAGGUAUGCUUUUGUUUGGCCCACCUGGAACAGGUAAGACAAUGAUCGCUAAGGCGGUUGCAACAGAAUCCAACUCUACAUUCUUCAGUGUAAGUGCAUCUUCUUUACUAUCGAAAUAUCUCGGUGAAUCUGAAAAACUGAUUAGAGCAUUAUUUUACAUGGCGAAAAAACUGUCACCUUCUAUUAUCUUCAUAGAUGAGAUCGAUUCGAUGUUGACUGCUCGUUCUGAUAAUGAAAAUGAGUCGUCGAGGAGAAUCAAAACAGAGCUUCUCAUUCAAUGGUCUUCGUUAUCAAAUGCGACUGCUCAGGCUGAAGAUCAAACGAAUAUGCUUGAUAGCAGAGUACUUGUUUUGGGAGCCACCAAUUUACCUUGGGCUAUUGAUGAUGCAGCAAGAAGACGGUUUUCGAGAAGAUUAUAUAUUCCCCUUCCAGAUUACGAAACUAGACUAUAUCAUUUGAAGAGAUUAAUGGCUAAGCAAAAGAAUAACUUGGAGGAUCUGGAUUAUGAAUUAAUAACAAAAUUAACGGAUGGGUUUUCCGGUUCUGACCUUACAUCGUUAGCAAAAGAAGCAGCAAUGGAACCUAUUAGGGAUUUAGGAGAUAAGCUGAUGUUUGCAGAUUUCGAUAAGAUUAGAGGAAUUGAAAUCAAAGACUUUCAAAAUUCGUUAGUGACAAUAAAGAAAAGUGUAUCGCCGGAAUCCCUACAAGAAUAUGAGGAUUGGUCCAAUAAAUUUGGUAGUACCGGUGCUUGA